CCUCCCGGCGCUCCCUCCCCGCCACCAUGUCCGCCUCGGCCGUGUUCAUUCUCGACGUGAAGGGCAAGCCCCUGAUCAGCCGCAACUACAAGGGCGACGUGGCCAUGAGCGAGAUCGACCACUUCAUGCCCUUGCUCAUGCAGCACGAGGAGGAGGGGGCCCUGGCCCCGCUGCUGAGCCACGGCCGGGUCCACUUCCUGUGGAUCAGACACAGCAACCUCUACUUGGUGGCCACCACGUUGAAGAACGCCAACGCCUCCCUGGUGUACUCCUUCCUUUAUAAGACAGUGGAGGUGUUCUCCGAGUACUUCAAGGAGCUGGAGGAGGAGAGCAUCCGCGACAACUUCGUCAUCGUCUACGAGCUGCUGGAUGAGCUCAUGGACUUCGGCUUCCCCCAGACCACCGACAGCAAGAUCCUGCAGGAGUACAUCACGCAGCAGGGCAACAAGCUGGAGACGGGCAAGUCGCGGGUGCCGCCCACCGUCACGAACGCCGUGUCCUGGCGCUCCGAGGGCAUCAAGUACAAGAAGAACGAAGUCUUCAUCGACGUCGUGGAGUCGGUCAACCUGCUGGUCAACGCCAACGGCAGCGUGCUGCUCAGCGAGAUCGUGGGCACCAUCAAGCUCAAGGUGUUCCUGUCGGGCAUGCCGGAGCUGCGGCUCGGCCUCAACGACCGCGUGCUCUUCGAGCUCACUGGCCUCUCAGGAAGCAAGAGCAAGUCGGUGGAGCUGGAGGACGUGAAGUUCCACCAGUGCGUGCGGCUCUCGCGCUUCGACAACGACCGCACCAUCUCCUUCAUCCCGCCCGACGGCGACUUUGAGCUCAUGUCCUACCGGCUCAACACGCAGGUCAAGCCUCUCAUCUGGAUCGAGUCUGUCAUCGAGAAGUUCUCCCACAGCCGGGUGGAGAUCAUGGUCAAGGCCAAGGGCCAGUUCAAGAAGCAGUCGGUGGCCAACGGCGUGGAGAUCUCGGUGCCUGUGCCCAGCGACGCCGACUCCCCCCGCUUCAAGACCAGCGUGGGCAGCGCCAAGUAUGUGCCCGAGAAAAACGUGGUCAUCUGGAGCAUCAAGUCCUUCCCGGGCGGCAAGGAGUACCUCAUGCGCGCCCACUUCGGCCUCCCCAGUGUGGAGAAGGAGGAGGUGGAGGGCAGGCCCCCCAUCGGGGUCAAGUUUGAGAUCCCUUACUUCACUGUCUCCGGAAUCCAGGUCCGGUACAUGAAGAUCAUUGAGAAGAGCGGGUACCAGGCCCUGCCCUGGGUCCGCUACAUCACACAGAGCGGCGAUUAUCAGCUCCGUACCAGCUAGGAGGGAGAGGACGCUCCUCUUCAAGUGUGGGGCCGCCCAUCUCCCCAGGCCCUGGCUACAGAUCCACAGGGAGAGCGUGUGUGCGUGUGCACGUGUGUGUGACCAGUGUCCAGCUCCCAGCACCCUCCUCUCCCACCAUGGGCUGGGUGUGUGUGGGGGGAGCGGGGAGGUGGUCCCCCUGCCUCCCUCGCUCCCGGGGCUGCCCCACCCCACCCCCGAUUUUACAUGAAGAAACCAGAGAGGCCUGAAGCCCCCCCCCACGAGUGCCUUUGCAGUGACCUGCCUUAGGGGGGUGUCGGGGACCCUCCUCCUCCACAGCUGCUGCUCCGUUUUAGGGUGUCGUUAAAACAGUGCAUCUAGCCGUGUGGUUCUUGGCUGGGGACUGGGGGUGCGGUGUGGUGCC